CACUGUGCAGGACCGAACCUCCGCCUGGCACGGCCCGGCCCGGCCCGCGGGUAUAAAUGCGCGCGCACCGCCCUCCCGGUCAGCAGUUGUUGCAUCGGCCCCGUUGGGUUCAAAACGCGACGUGAACACCCCGUUUUUUUUUACAAAGCCUUUUUCUUGGCAUUUUCCUCCUCCUCCUCUUCCUCUUUAAACAUCUAACAUGCGUGAGUGUAUCUCCAUCCACGUUGGUCAGGCUGGCGUCCAGAUUGGCAAUGCCUGCUGGGAGCUCUACUGCCUGGAACAUGGGAUCCAGCCCGAUGGACAGAUGCCCAGUGACAAGACACUUGGAGGUGGAGAUGACUCCUUCAACACGUUCUUCAGUGAGACCGGAGCAGGGAAACACGUCCCCAGAGCUGUCUUUGUGGACCUGGAGCCCACUGUCAUUGACGAGGUGCGCACUGGGACCUACCGGCAGCUGUUCCACCCUGAGCAGCUGAUCACUGGAAAGGAAGAUGCUGCCAACAACUACGCCCGUGGACACUACACCAUCGGCAAAGAGAUCAUUGACCUGGUUCUGGAUAGAAUCCGCAAGCUGGCGGACCAGUGCACUGGUCUUCAGGGCUUCCUGGUCUUCCACAGCUUUGGUGGUGGAACCGGUUCAGGUUUCACCUCCCUGCUGAUGGAGCGACUSUCUGUAGACUACGGCAAGAAGUCUAAGCUGGAGUUCUCCAUCUACCCAGCCCCUCAGGUGUCCACAGCUGUGGUGGAGCCCUACAACUCCAUCCUGACCACCCACACCACCCUGGAGCACUCGGACUGCGCCUUCAUGGUGGACAAYGAGGCCAUCUACGACAUCUGCCGCAGGAACCUGGACAUCGAGCGYCCCACCUACACCAACCUGAACAGGUUAAUCAGCCAGAUCGUGUCCUCCAUCACCGCCUCUCUGCGCUUCGAUGGUGCCCUGAACGUUGAUCUGACGGAGUUCCAGACCAACUUGGUGCCGUACCCUCGUAUCCACUUCCCCCUGGCCACCUACGCUCCCGUCAUCUCUGCUGAGAAGGCGUACCACGAGCAGCUCUCAGUGGCCGAGAUCACCAACGCCUGCUUCGAGCCGGCCAAUCAGAUGGUGAAAUGUGACCCUCGCCAUGGUAAGUACAUGGCCUGCUGCCUCCUGUUCCGUGGUGACGUGGUGCCCAAAGACGUCAACGCCGCAAUCGCCACCAUCAAGACCAAGCGCACCAUCCAGUUUGUGGACUGGUGUCCCACCGGUUUCAAGGUUGGCAUCAACUACCAGCCACCCACUGUGGUCCCUGGUGGAGACCUGGCCAAGGUCCAGAGGGCCGUGUGCAUGCUGAGCAACACCACCGCCAUCGCAGARGCCUGGGCUCGACUGGACCACAAGUUCGACCUGAUGUACGCCAAGAGGGCCUUCGUCCACUGGUACGUAGGAGAGGGCAUGGAGGAGGGGGAGUUCUCCGAGGCCAGGGAGGACAUGGCAGCUCUGGAGAAGGAUUACGAGGAGGUCGGAGUCGACUCCAUCGAGGGCGAGGGAGAGGAGGAAGGAGAAGAGUACUAGACAGGAUACAGAGAAUCAGUUAAACACCAAACAAUUGAUUUCAAUGUGUUCUUCAGUGCAAACAGACAUUUGUCCAUCAGCUGAAGUUCCACUUUAGCUGAUGAAUAAAUCUCCUGAAAAUGUCAAGUUUGGCUUUGUUCAAAAUAAAAACCUCCCUGAUGUGAAA